AUGAUGCUGUCGGUGACGCUUGCCGCACCACAAAGCGUCUUUAGCGGAAUGAGCUUGCAAGAGCUGGAAACACCGGCUGCCCCUAUUCUGAACGGGCUUCCGAUAUCGGGCAUGCAGUUUCUGGAAGACAACAUCGAGGACCACAUGAGCACCCAGCAGGUGCCUCAGCAUGACAACGAAAAUGACGACGAUGACGAUAACAGCAAUACGCAACCGGAUAAUUCUCUUGCUGUAGUUCCUAACAUGCAAGGGGGCAAUGGGUCUUUCAAAAUUCCAAUUACUCCUCACAGGUCGCACGGCAAUCGUGUAUCAACCAUGGCUGCAAGAGUCAGGGCACUGCAGAAGCAUAUGCUAAACGUCCCUGGAAAGUGGCUGCAAGUCGUGGAGAAACUUCCGUACUAUGGCGAAGUCGGCGUGGGCACCCCACCUCAGCUGUUCAAGCUCGAUCUCGACACUGGCUCUGGGGACGUGUGGUUGGCCGGGCAAGAGUGCACUGUGUGCUCGCGUCACAAAAAGUUCAAUCCCAAAAGAUCAUCGACGUACAAGGCCGAGGGGCGCAAGUGGGGAAUUUCCUACGGUGAUGGCUCGUUUGCAUCAGGAUAUACCAUUCGAGACACUGUCACUAUCGGGAAUCUGACUGUUCCUAACCAGGUCGUUGGCCUUGCCACUAAUGAAUCGCGGGCGUACCAAAUUGACAUUGUCGAUGGAUUGCUUGGACUCGCAUACAGCGGAGUCUCUUUUAUUCCCGGAGUCACGACAUUCCUGGACAACAUUCUGGAAAACGAUUAUUUGGCCGAGCCCAUUUUCUCCGUGUACAUCACCGAAAAGGACAAGAACGAUUAUGCCGGCGAGUAUCUCUUUGGCGCGAUCGACAAAACUCGGUACUCUGGAGAGCUCACUUGGGUACCGCUGCACAAGCCAAAGUUCUGGGAAGUCAUGCUUGAUGACGUUUCGCUGAAUUUUGAUAGUUUCACAAAGAUGGGGCUGGAUAUCAAGGGCUCAGCCAUCAUUGACACCGGCACGACGCUUAUUGUCAUGAGCGACGAUCAGGCAACCGAGUUCCACAGAGGAAUUCCGAGCGCACAAAACAACGAAAUUUACGGUUGGAUCAUGCCGUGUAACACAGAGACGGUCUUGCCAGGAAACUUGACAUUUACCAUUGGUGGUGUUGACUUUGCUGUGCCUGUCAAGAACCUCAUGCGCGAACCUGUGAAGGGCCUUGAUGGCUGGUGUUUCUCUGCAGUGACUAGUGGUGCAUCAAACUUUAUCAUUCUGGGCGACGUUUUCCUUCGCUCGAAUUAUGUUGUAUUUGACCGUCGCAACGCCCGUGUGGGCAUUGCACCAUCCAAACACUGA